CACACACACUGCCUGCGCUUCCAGUACAAGCAUGCUCGCCGGAUGCUUGGACCGAAUCUCGUCGCCUUCACCUUCUCUGUGAGCUGACCUUGACUGCCUCUUUCAAUUCCACAUCUUUUUAUUUUAUUUUAUUUUAUAAUUCCUGCGCUGUACCCGCGUCCUCCAUGGCUUCCUCGGACGACAAAUGCAUGCUGCACAGAGGCAGGUCUCAAAGUGACCCGAACAUCCUCAGCGAGUCGGGCAUCGACUCCACACACAGUGCAGAUGUGAUGGAGCAGCAGAGGGUGAUACGCUCCAGCUGCCUGGUGAGUGGUGUGCACACUCCUCCCAUCCGCCGUCACAGCAAGCUGGCUACGCUGGGGCGUCUCUUCCGGCCUUGGAAGUGGAGGAAAAAGAAGAAUGAGAAGAUGAAGCAGAGCUCCACAGAUGUGGCCUUGGCCAGUGGCCUCCACUCUCUGAAUAUCAGCUCUCCCAUUCAGAGUGUUUCGGACGCAGAGCUCCGGUUACCUGGCUCGCAUGGGCCUAUCCUCAGCAUCAGCAGCAUGGAGUAUCUCAGCUCAGAACAUGAGCAUCUGCCUACUGUCCCUGAUUCCAUAGAAGAUGGUGCAACAAUAGAAGAGCCUAACAGCACUGAGGAUGAGGACGACGAGGAAGAGGAGGAAGAGCUCAUUCCUGUAGAUAACGAUGAGUGCAGAGAUGUUAAUACAGAGGAAAGAGAGGAAGAUGAAGACGAAGUGCCUCAAAGACGGUCUCCUCUGAGUAAUCAUUGCAUUCAGGUCGCUCAGCUUAACACUGAGGAAGACCCUGCUAGCUUCACUCUCACAGCAGUGCCUCAGCCCAACACAUUUCUCCCUAAAGAGGUGCCCAGGAUCCCAGAAGGCCCUAGUCCUGUACUUCUCCGAGGGCCUUUUUCCAAUGCAGUGAGUUCACCUCAUAUAGGAACACUGCAUCCUCCUUUGCCCCCUAGCAGUAUAAUUGAGGAACUGCACCGUGCCCUGGCAACCAAGCUUCGGCAAGAAAGUAUGGAGCGAGAGUCAAGUGGGGAGGUGGAAAUCAGGAAAGAGGCAGAGGAGAAUAAAGAGAACAUGAGACAAAGCAACUGCUUCACUGAUGCCUCAGGAAUCAUAUACGACAUCGACAGCUGGAACGAGUCUGUCAUUUCUGGCACACUGCCAAGGCGAAUGAGAAAGGAGCUGCUGGCUGUGAAGCUGCGGAAUCGGCCCAGCAAACAGGAACUGGAAGAUAGGAACAUCUUCCCUGUGCGCAGUGACCAGGAGAGACAGGAAAUUCGCCAGCAGAUUGAAAUGAAGCUUGCCAAGAGACUCAGUCAACGGCCGGCCGUUGAGGAGCUUGAGAGCCGAAAUAUCUUGAAACAGCGUAAUGACCAGACAGAGCAAGAGGAGAGGAGAGAAAUCAAACAGAGGCUAAACAGAAAGCUGAAUCAGCGGCCGACAGUCGAUGAACUGAGGGAGAGAAAGAUCCUGAUUCGCUUUAGUGACUAUGUAGAGGUUGCUAAAGCCCAGGAUUAUGACAGAAGAGCCGACAAGCCCUGGACUAGACUGUCUGCAGCUGACAAGGCUGCCAUCCGGAAAGAGCUGAAUGAGUUCAAAAGUACUGAGAUGGAGGUUCAUGCAUCAAGCAAGCACCUAACAAGGUUUCACAGGCCGUAGAAGCGGGUUUUCUUCUGUGAAGAAAGUUAAAAUAGACAUACUGUGGCGAAAUCCUGGAGAUGACGUCAUCCAUGGGAAGUUAUCUUUCCAGCUUUCCUGGUCUUGGGUGCAUUGAAUGACAGAAGCUCCAAAGCAGGGGCACAGCACCUUGAGGAGAGAGCAGCAGCUGUGGACCUCCGCUCUGCGGCUGGAGAAGAGGGGCCAUUAUGAAAGGAUUUGUGAUGUUAAAACUGAGUUUUUAAUUAACUGCUGAAAGAAAUCAACUCUGAGUGAAAGUUUGUGUGCAUGUGAGAUCCACUUUAAUGGAAAGAAGAAGAAGAAGAAGAAAAAAAGAGUCACUUAAGAGGUGUAAAGCCUAUUAAUUAAAGUGUUUCAUAUCAAAUGUACAAAAUGCAGUCUGUUCAAACAACAGAGUGGUUAAUGUCUUUAUUUGGGGGAAAAAAAAGAGAGAAUAAGACUUUUACGCAAUUUGACUUUAGAACACGCUGAAAAUGCUUCGUCUUAUUUUCAGUUACGAGGGUCCAGAGCCCCUGACUUUCACCUUACAUGGUGUAGUACUGACAGGUUCGUUUUAAUGGUGGUAAGCAGCCCAAACAAUAUCACAUGUGCCAAUACUUUACUCUUAAUGAAUCUUUUUUGAAUUCACAAAAGGUGCCCUACAACACUCAUGACUGCUGGGGUGUACACGCUCUAGAACUCUAAAGGGUUGGUUGACUUUUCCCUCUGCAGGAGCCCAUAGGUUAUACACUAUAUUGCCAAGCGUUUUGGGACACCCCUCCAAAUCAUUGAAUUCAGGUGUUGGGCUCGGCCCCUUAGUUCCAGUGAAAGGAACUCUUAAUGCUUCAGCAUACUAAGACAUUUUGGACAAUUUCAUACUACCAACUUUGUAGGAACAGUUUGGGGAUGACCCCUUCCUGUUCCAACAUGACUGUACACCAGUGCACAAAGCAAGGUCCAUAAAGACAUGGAUGAGUGAGAUUGGUGUCCUGACCUCAACCUGAUAGAACACCUUUGGGAUGAAUUAGAGCAGAGACGGCAAGCCAGGCCUUCUCGUCCAACAUCAGUGCCUGACCUAACAAAUGCGCUUCUAGAGGAAUGGUCAAAAAUUCCCAUAAACACACUCCUAAAGCCUUCCCAGAAGAGUUGCAGCUGUUAUAGCUGCAAAGGGUGGGCCAACUCCAUAUUACAUUCAUGCGCAUGUAAAGGCAGACGUCCCAAAACGUUUGACAAUAUAGUGCGUGUAGAACAGACUUUACCUUUACAAAAGGCUUCAUAUAUAAACCCUUUAGAAAACAGGAACCAUUAUCUAUCCAGUGAACUAUUGAAGAAUCCAUUGUAGUCUAAACUGUCAGGACAUAAGCUCAGAGUGAGAAUUUAUAGACCCAGAAAUCCAUCAAUUUACACACAACCUGUGAACUCAUCGUCCAUACUGCAGUGUUGUAGUAAUAAUGACAUUAGAUAUUGAUUCAAUUUAAUAAGUUGGAGAUUGCAC